ACUCACUCACAGCCGGAGAGUGCGUGGAGACCUCUUGUCAAGUUUCUCUCUGACCCUCAGAACAUCAGCAUUAAACACAUUCCGUUUAUUCAUUGUUUCUCCUCUAGGCUACACUGGAGUCUCUGUGUUUACCGAUAGCUGUGUCCAUGGCACUCAUUCUUCUCAAUAUCUGAUUUCCAGGAACAAAAACGUGGCCUCAUCACUACUCUGUAUCACAGUCGGGCGACUUUUACGCAUGGACACUGCCAGGGCGCACACUUCUUAAGAGAGAAACUUGACUUUUUUUUUUUUUUUUUUUUUUGGUGGCGCCACAGUUUUCGCCCAAGGUUCAGUUUAUUCAGGUGAAUUUGCCUUUUUUUUUUUUGUGACCUUUCAGUAUUUUUCUCGAGGAUGCACGCCUUUACGUGGAAUAGAUGCUGUGUUGUGAUGUUUGUCGUCGCUACACUGAGGACGGGGACAUCCCAGGUAUCAGAGGCGCGCCCGAAGGCAAACUCUAUCAAGCCUGCUCUGUCAGAAGAGACACCGACGCCCGCUACAAACCGCACUGCCAUUGCGCACAGCGGGAUCACCAAGAAGCAUAACAUCCUUGCGCAGCAGGUGUAUCCAUGCAGCAAUGACAAGGAGUGCAGCGUGGGCAGCUACUGUCACAGUCCUCAACAGGCUCCCUCUCGAUGCCUCACCUGCCGCAGGAGGAAGAAGCGCUGUCAUCGAGAUGCCAUGUGCUGUCCCGGGAACCGCUGCAGUAACUAUAUUUGCGUACCCAUCUCUGAGAGUGUGCUCUCACCUCACAUCUCAGCUUUAGAUGAGCAUAACAAACUUUCCACUAAAGACCACAACUGGAGGAAGGGUGGCAAAGCUAAGCAUUCUCUUAAAGGUCACGAAGGCGACCCUUGUCUGCGUUCAUCUGAUUGCUCGGAGGGCUACUGUUGCGCCCGUCAUUUCUGGACCAAAAUCUGCAAGCCGGUGCUGAGGCAGGGUGAGGUGUGCACCAAGCAGAGGAAGAAAGGCUCUCACGGCUUGGAAAUCUUCCAGCGCUGUGACUGUGCCAAGGGCCUCUCCUGCAAGGUGUGGAAAGACGCCACAUCCUCGUCCAAGUCCAGGCUCCACAUGUGCCAGAAGAUCUGAAGCGGAGGCAGCUGCUGUCGGCGUAGAGGCCUCUGUCUCCAUCUGCCAGGGAAAGUUUUUUUUUUUUUUUUUUUUUUUAUAAAGGAUGGGUUGUGGCUGUAUUGAAAAGGAGCAAAAAGACACAGACAAACAAGAGACAGAACAGACUGUGUGGGUUCAAGCUCACGAUUCAACAAGUUAUAGAGACUGGGAAUGCUUUAAUGUGUUGCUGUGAGUGGUCAGUCCACGCUCCUGCAUACCCUCACACACAGCAUGCACACACACACACCUCACACCUCUGUGAGAACAAGGAGAUCAUGCUGUGUUUCUUCACAAAAUAUGACUCUGACAACUGUUUCACACACUCUCAUGAUAUUCAGGGAACGACAAUGUUAGGAAGUAGUUGCUUGGAUAGGUGUAGAACAGAUGGAGGGGGGGGGACUAAUGUUUCAUCACAUAUGAACAAAAUAAUUUACAAUGAAGUCAUGUUACGAUCAAACAACACAUUACUCUCUAAAAUGCACCACUCCAUUUUGUUGAAGAGAUCAAACAUUGAAUAUCCUUUUAUUACUGGAUCUGGAUGUUGUUGCGUCAUCUGUUUUGUCCGAUGUUUUACUCCUCAUGCAAGACAUUCGCUACCAGCAACAAUGUCCAGAUCCUCUAAAUCAGGGUUGUCAAACUCAAUUUAGUUCAGGGGCCACAUACAGCCUAAUAUAAUAUAAAGUGGGCUGGACCAGUAAAAUAAUAUAAAUAACACUGG